CUUAAAUAGGCGGCUCUGGAGCCGGGACCCAGUGUGGACUGAGAAGGAGCCGGCUGCGGCAUCGUCGCUUGUCUGCGCCAGAGUUUGCCAGUGGCUUGUAUCCGAGUCCGGAUCCUAGUUGUGACUGUCGGUGUGCCGGUGGGCCGCGUGGACGCGAUGACUUUGAACGGAGGAGGCAGCGUAGCGGGCGGGAGCCGCGGCGCGGGCCGGGAGCGCGAGCGCCGUCGGGGCAGCACCCCGUGGGGCCCGGCGCCCCAGCUGCACCGCCGCAGCAUGCCGGUGGACGAACGCGACCUGCAGGCGGCCCUGGCGCCCGGCGCUCUGGCAGGGGCGGUGGCCGGGACCGCGGCCCAAGCGGACUGGGCUGAGGGCUCCUCGGAAUCGCUCAGCUCGAGGGGCAGCGACUCAGACGACAGCGUUUACAAGGUGCUGCUGCUGGGGGCGCCCGGCGUGGGCAAGAGCGCCCUGGCGCGCAUCUUCGCGGGUGUGGAGGACGGACCUGAAGCGGAGGCUGCAGGGCACACAUACGAUCGCUCCAUCGUGGUGGACGGAGAAGAGACCUCACUCAUGGUCUAUGACAUUUGGGAGCAGGACGGGGGCCACUGGCUACCCGGCCACUGCAUGGCCAUGGGAGAUGCCUACGUCAUCGUGUACUCUGUGACCGACAAGGGCAGCUUUGAGAAGGCCUCAGAGCUUCGGAUCCAGCUGCGCCGGGCAAGGCAGAUGGAUGAUGUGCCCAUCAUCCUGGUGGGCAACAAGAGUGACCUGGUGCGCUCUCGGGAGGUCUCCUUAGAUGAGGGCCGCGCCUGCGCCGUGGUCUUCGACUGCAAGUUCAUCGAGACUUCGGCCGCACUGCACCACAACGUCCAGGCGCUGUUCGAGGGCGUAGUGCGCCAGAUACGCCUGCGCAGGGACAGCAAAGAAGCCAACGCACGCAGGCAGGCGGGUACCCGGCGGCGAGAGAGCCUCAGCAAGAAGGCCAAGCGUUUCCUGGGCCGCAUGGUAGCACGCAACAGCCGCAAGAUGGCCUUCCGUGCCAAGUCCAAGUCCUGCCAUGACCUCUCGGUGCUCUAGGGCCCUGGCACACCCCUCGCUGUACAGACAGAUGGGCAGAUUGGUAGGCUGGCCCAGCCAACCGCCCUAGGUGCCUCGGAACUGGCUCAGACUCUGGGUGUCCCACUUCAUCGGGGCAGGCAGGUGGUGCUGCCAGGGGGUGGCUCCCAGUGGCCACUGAAGGCUGGGCCCACAGACAUGCCUGUGCAGACCCGCGUGAGACCCGAGCAACUGCCCGACCCCAGCCGGACGGGAGGCCCACGCGUGGGGAGAAGACUUGGCCUUGCUUCACCCGUGGGUGUGUGCGCCCUGCAGGGAGGCUGCUCAGUGCUGUGGCUAUUUGUUUACAUGCAGAUUUUUGUAAUAAAGAUU